AUGGGUGCUGCGGACGGAGGGGCAAAGGAAAUUGACGGAGCGGAGAUUGGGCAGGCCGCUGCUGUGCUACCCAGAAUGGCUGCGGCGGGGAAGUCUGUGGCUGCUGAUGCUGUUGUGCCUACAGCGGAGAGGGCUGCAGUCCUGGUGUCUGCUGGCGUUUCUGCCGCUGUCUUUGACGCCGACUCAGUUUCACCCUCUGCCACCCCAUGGGUUGCACAGGUGGAGGCUGAGGGGACGAGGUUGGGCGCGGAUCCGGAACAGACCGCGGAGGUUGCGCUGUCCGCGUCCCCGACACCGGUGACACCGGUUGUGUCUGCUGUGACUGGGGAGCAGGGUGACGCCCCGACGGCGGAAGGCGCGAUGACUGCCGCUGCGUGCGCCGGAAUGCCUGCUGCUGCCGCAGCCGCAAGCAGGCAGGAGCACGGCCAGGCGGUGGGAGAGUUUCCAGGACCCGCAAACGGCGAUUCCUCCGGCGCUGCACAGUCAAAGUUGAAGAAGAAGCUACGGGCCCAGCCAGCGCCGAGACGGCCCGGAGCAGGGCUAGGACCUGGCUCCCCGGGACCCCUCCGGGGCUGGCUUCUGCAAGGGCAACCGCCAUCAGAGCGAGCGCAUCGGUCGUCAUCUGCGCACACGCAAGAGGCACGAGGGGUUUCUGGACUCAACGAGGCGGCAACAGAGACGGCGGCAACCCGCCAUGCAGAGCAGCCGGCUGCAAACCAGGACAACGGAACAUACAGCCACUCACCGCCAGGCCCAGUCGCUCCAGUUGCAGAAGCCGUCGCCACUCGUCGCUCGGCUCGGUUGGGAACUGUCACGUGGGGUCCACCAAGGGGAGGCCGUACCCCGUGGAUGCCGGCGGGGAGAGCGGGACUGGAAGCGACAGCUCGGCCAGCGCCGGCGGCAGGCCGGGGUUUCCGCGGUAUGGGCCGCGGGAGGCGAGGGGGAGGGCGCGGGGGUGUCGCUCGCCUGGGGGGAGCCGAGAUCCAAGCACGAACGGGCCCUUGGCGGGAGCGUCACGACCGCCCAGAGGUUUUGGAGGCUGCAGCCAAUAGGGAGGAAGCUCGUUCUGCCGAAGACACUGGGGAUCCUGAGUUUAUGCGGCAGGAACGUGGACUCUGGAUCUCCUUCAACGGAUGGACCAGCCCUUCCUAG